AUGUCCAAUGUGAACACCCGGCUCAAUGUGUCGUCGUGGUCAGGACUGUGCUACAAACGUCUGAUGCAAUGUCCGAAAUGUGACGAGUUCACUUUCACCGGCGAGUGGCUAUUUCCACAAGAAAUGCAGAUGAUUCGUUCGAAAAAAUGCGCCGCCUGCGUGUACAAAGUGCCCACUUGUUUGCUGGCGCCUCCAGAACGUGGACUGGAAGGUAAACGAUAUUCCCCCAGCCUCUUACCUCCACUCCCUCGAACGACCUAG